UUUGAAAAAGGCAUUCAAACAUGCGAUUGUUGACCUUGUGUAAAAACAUAAAUAUCAAAAUUAAGAAAAAAAUUAUAAUUUAGAUCCCACGUUGCUUAGGUAUUACGUACAGAAAAAAAUAAAGGCUGUCAGAGAUUAUGUGAACAAUGUAAACGUAAUACCAACGUAAACUGUGAGCAGUCAAAAUUUCCGUGUCUGAAACAAAGUGUUUUCAAGCAUCACGCCAAAAAUAUUUUUGCGAUACGUUCCAUAUGAUAUACAGUUCCUCUACAAUUAUGGGUCAGUCAACGUGUGGUCUGAAUGUUCAAAAAUGGAUAUAAAAUCGCAAAUAUUAUCAACUACGAAUGUUUUACUAUCUAUCUCUGUGUUCUGAUGUGUACUUACGAUCAACAAUUAGUUUCACUGCAGUUGAUGCGUGUAAACGGUUGGUAAAAGACACAAUUAUGGGUCAAUUUUGGCAUUCAACAUCAUUUCGUCUAUAAUACCGUCAAAAUACAUAACGCAAGUUAUUUUAUUGUUGUAAAAGCUUGUUAAUAAGUUAUUUUAUUUAGUCUUGAUGCAUUAUCACGUAAAAGUAAUAAAAAUAGUCAAAAUAUAGACUGAUCCACAAUUGUGCACCGCAAAAUGUAACAUUACUACAAUUAUGGGUCACUUCACUUAUUGCACCUAGCACAGUUAUAAUUUUUAGGGACAUUUUCAACUUUAAAUCAUUUUAAUCGUAUAAAUGAGGCUACAAGUGAGUUGCAAAAAAUACCACUGCUAAUGAAAAUUGUUCAGUUUCUUGAGAAUAGACGUAUUUUCUUAAAAGUGACCCAUAAUUGUAGCUGAUCCAUAACUGUGAAGGCAUUGUAGUUGCAGCAAAAUUAAAUUAAGUUGUAUUACUUAAAGUGUGCAUGGGACAUUAUCUACAAGGAAUGUGUGCCUGUCAUCAUUGAUUAUGGUCAACGUUGUGAUUAAGGGGUUAUCUACCUUUUUGUUCGAGAAAAAAGAGCAAAGUUUGGGAUUUCUUGCGGUGUUUACGAUAGUGACGCAGUUGAUCAACUGAAAUAAAAAAACCCAUGUAAUUUCAUCAGUUUAGAAGUGUGCCGGGUAUCUGAACGAUCGUUUUCAUAAGUAUUGUAUUUUCAGUGCAAACGGGAACGCUUUUCCAGAAAAACACGUUUUCAGCGCUGAAAGAUGCAUCAAUUUUUUUUUGGCAGAGUAAACUUCGUGUAUCAAAAAAGGAGUUCAACGACCGGGAAAUUUUAUAACGAACAACUAAAAAAAAGAGAUGGCGAAAAUCAGUUUAGUAGUUUCAUUGCAAUCGUAAACACGGCAAAGUCAUUUUUAAGAAACACCAUUCCGAGGCAAACGCUUAUGGAGAUUCAAGUUUAGCCUAUGCGGCCGUGGCGAGGCGCGCUGCAAAUCGCGCUAACUUUCUCCCUAUUGUGCAGAUCUUUGUGAAAAUUUGUAAAAAUGUUUUCAAGAUGUUGUAAUUUAAGAUAAUGCAACAGAAAAAAAGAAGAAAAUGAUAUUGUUCCACCAAUAUUGGUUCAAAGUCUCGCUUAAAUGGUUCGUCUCUAAUUACCCUAGCGCAUUCGUUGUUUUGCUUUCGUCUCGAUUAGACGCAAAUUGUUUAUCUUCGUUUGAUUCGCAAAAUAACAAUACACGAGUUAUCGUACGGGUGUUUUUUUUUUGUCGAUUAGUUCUUGUGCUGUGCGAUAACAAUAGCCUGCAGUAUUGUGGAUUUCAGGAUAAUUACACGAAUCACGAUCAAAUUAACUUGAACCCUUCGAACCCCGAAAUGAAGUAAAUGAAGCAGUCCAAAAAGUAUAAUAAAUCUGGCAACCAUACUGUAUAUAAAUAUUAAGCGACAAAUUCCGGCAUCACAAAACCGCUGCCAGCACUUUUUUCGUAAAAAUCAUUGUUUUUUUUCUGUUUGGUGUUGAACAUUUGGAGCAUGCACUUUAUGUGAAAAAUUGAAAUCCUGGAACGCAUCAAUUUCGUACAAUGGGGGAUACAGAGGAAAUCGAUAAGAAUGCUCACAACCUCGAGAAUGAAAUGAUGGAGAUUGGAGGACGAAACGAAUAUGAAUAUUCCGCAGAGCCGCUGCAGAUUGACGACGAUGUUUUGUACGUUUCGGAAUACCUGGAAGAUUCGGAACAUCCGGCACAUUAUUUUUGCUCGGAUUUUAGUAUUGAGCCUGAGCCAUCGACUUCCAAGGGUCUACCAGCAAAAAAGGCAAAGAUUAAUCGGAGUUUCUGCGCCAACAUGAAGAGUAUAACGGCAGUAUUGAGCGGAAAGAAGUUCAGAUUCCAAGCCCCAGUUUACUUGAGGAAGUUCAAAAAUCAAAAGUCAUAUGAAAACUGCGGGACGGUUAACGUUGAUGGAGACACAACCGAAGAAGUUGUUCUAAAAAUUUGGGAGUUCUGUUCCAAGUUUGUUUAUCGUGCCGUUUCUUUCUCGGAACCGUCCGAUUCACGAGCUGACCCUAAGUGGGCUGAAUUUUCGCCGAAAUACGAUGAACGUGAUACAUUUAUUAUUUUUUAGGAUAAAUCUAGCUAGAAAAACAUUGCUCCCUCUAAAGUAGAUAGCAAUACUUUGGCAAAUUGGCUAGUAAAAGAAGUUUUCGUAAUCGUAUACAAGUACUCGUAAUCAGUUACAUGUCUUGAGAAAUGGCGUCUUGUUGAAAACCAGCUCCUUUGCCCAUUAGAAACUGACCGUUCGGGUGCGGAAUCUUUAACUUCCAUAAACCGGCUGAAGGAGGAGCUCAAACGCAUACACGGAAAGUACCUAUCAGGUGACGACGUUAAUUGGGAAUGCUGGGCAUGUUGGAUACCGAGCAAGCCGUAUGACCAACGAGAAGAUUUGAAAAACCAGGCGCCUCCCGAAUAUCUUAUGAACCUUUUUUGCAGUGUACCUGUCCAAAGUGACACAAUUUUGGUAAAAGCAAGACUUGAUCUACAGGUGGCCAGCACGGUUAACUCUGCAUUCCGAAACAUACUCGGCGAACUGAAAAAUGAUCACCAACAAGCGAGCAACAUAUUGAAUAUUAUGGGAGAAAGGAUUUCGAUGAUGGAGGCUAAGCAGAAAGAAUACGACGACAUGUUAGCAGCAAUGAACACUUCAGUGAGUGUGAAGGAGAAUAAAUUUUCGGUUUUUUUUUUCUUCAUCUAUAAUUUAUUUGACACGGCACAAAUACAAUUUAAUGU